AUGAAGCACGACCACGCCGGCAAAAGCUUGUUCGAGGACGCGAAUGCCUGGGUCGCCCUAACAGAAAUCUUCGCCAACGUACUACAAGAUGCAAGCCUAGGCACAACGUACCUAAUUAUUGACGCGCUCGACGAAUGCGCGACAGACUUACCAAAAUUGCUCAGCUUUAUCGCGAAGCACUCGUCUGCGUCCUCUCGCGUUAAGUGGAUUGUGUCUAGUCGUAACUGGCUAGAUAUUGAGGAAGAACUGGAGCGUGCUGAGCACGAAAUGAGGCUUAGCCUUGAGUUGAACGCCGAGUCGGUAGCUGCAGCAGUAGACGUGUUUAUCCGGCAGAAGGCAUACGCAUCUGCUCUGCUAUUCAGUCCAGCUGAUAGCAUAGUAAGAAGGCUGUUCCAGCACGAAGAGCCAAGAGGAGUAACGAUCAAGCCCGCUAUGAGCAAUGGCUGGAGUGCGUGUCUGCAGACGCUCGAGGGCCAUAGCAGCUAUGUUAGCUCAGUAGCCUUCUCGCACGACUCGACUAGGCUAGUAUCAGCGUCAUACGACAAGACUGUCAAGAUCUGGGACGCGAGCAGCGGGGCGUGUGUGCAGGCGCUCGAAGGCCAUAGCAGCUAUGUUAGCUCGGUAGCCUUCCCGCACGACUCGACCCGGCUAGCGUCAGCGUUAUACGACAAGACUGUUAAGAUCUGGGACGCGAGUAGCGGGACGUGUAUGUAUACGCUCGAGGGCCAUAGCAGCUAUGUUAGGUCAGUGGCCUUCUCACACGACUCGACCAGGCUAGCGUCAGCGUUAGACGACAGUACUAUCAAGAUCUGGGACGCGAGCAGUGGGACGUGUGUGUACACGCUCGAGGGCUAUAGCGGUGAUGUUAGCUCGGACGCGAGCAGUGGGACGUGUGUAAACACGCUCGAGGGCCAUAGCAGCUAUAUUACCUCGGUAGCCUUCUCGCACGACUCGACCCGGCUAGCGUCAGGGUCUUUAGACAGCACUGUUAAGAUCUGGGACGCGAGCAGUAGGACGUGUGUGUAUACGCUCGAAGGCCAUAGCAGCUAUAUUACCUCAGUAGCCUUCUCGCACAACUCGACCCAGCUAGCGUCAGCGUCAGACGACAAGACUGUCAAGAUCUGGGACGCGAGCAGCGGGACGUGUGUGUACACGCUCAAGAGCCAUAGCGGUGAUGUUAGCUCGGUAGCCUUCUCGCACGACUCAACCAGGCUAGUAUCAGCGUCUAGGGACAAGACUGUUAAGAUCUAG